CUUAGCAACAGAGGCAAGAUGGCGGCCCCCAGUAACGCCGAGCUUUCUCCUGAUCUAUCGGUGCCGCUGAAGAUUCCCAAAACCGAGGUUCCUUCCCCAGAAUCCGAGGAUUUGAGUGACAGCAACCAAUACCAUUCCAACCCCUCCACCCCUAAUAGAUUCUCUCCUCUGAACGUCGGGGUUUCGCUGUCCGGGGGCGCAGGCCGGAGUGGAUCGGCCUCUGCCUCCAACAGCUUCACCGCUUGCCGAGGCAUGUCGUGGACACCGUCCGAGACGAACGCGCUGAUCGCCGUGUGGGGCAACGAGAGGCUGGCGGAGGCGCGGAUGCAGCAGCUGGAGGUGGCCGGGACGGUGUUUUCUGGCAAGGCGCCGGGACCCGCGAUGUACGAGCGGGUGUCCAGAGCCCUGUCAGAGCUGGGUUACGAACGCACCCCAUCCCAGUGUCGAGAGAGGAUGAAGACGCUGAGACGUUGUUAUAGCCGGGUGAAGGAACACGGCAUUGGGAAGAGGAAGAGCAGUUAUUCUUUCGAGCAGCUGGAGAAGGUGUUUGGGCAGGGCGGCUGGGAUUCUCAAAGCUGUCAGCCCGUGCUGAUCAACAGCAGCGGUCUCUACCAGGAGAUGGAGUCGGACGGCAGCACCAUGGAGGACUACUCUCAGGAAGACUGGUGUAAUCAGGACCUUUCUGCUGCCUUCAAUGAGGGAGACAUAGAAACAGAGGAGAACCAGCUUUCAAAAACCAGAGUACUUCAGAUACGACUGGAGCCAUCUGAGCACACUCAACGCCAAGAAGUGAUGCAGAACGUGAUGCGCAUCCUGGAGUCAGUGGAGGUCAAAUGGGAGCACUUCCAGACAUGGACUGACUUCUCCCGACUCCACCUGUCCAAUAAGCUGGCCAUCUUCGGAGUGGGCUACAACACGCGGUGGCGAGAAGAGAUCCGCUACCACUACGCAGAAAUCAGCUCACAGGUCCCUCUGGGAAAACGACUGCGGGAAUACUUCAACCCAGAGAAGUCUGAGGGCAGGGUCAUCAUGACCAAGGUGCAGAAGAUGAACUGGAAAAACGUGUAUUAUAAAUUCCUAGACAUCACUAUUAGCGAAGCCCGCUGUUUGGAGCUCCACAUGGAAGUGGAUUGGAUCCCGAUCGCACAGACGAGGGCGGCGGGAUGCAGCAACGGCUCCCAGUACCUCCUGCCGGGGGGCAUCCCGAAAACGUAUGGCUUGUAUGCAAUAGGCUACGAGGAGACGAGUGGCUCCAAUUCUUCGUCUAGCACGGAGGACAGGUCCUCCCCCUCACAGGAAGAGGAGGAGACGGACCAUUGCGAGAGCGUGGAGAAGGACAAGAGGACGUCGGCCAAAGUCACUUACUGUUACCUCGGCAUUGCAGAGGAAAGGACGCUACAGCAGUGUCUGUUCCAGCACUUUCAGACUUCAGGCAAACAUUACAGCCGAGGGGAGCCUUCGGCCGUAACCAGGUUCCUGCAGGACAACUGCACCGGCCAGGCCAAGGAGGGACCCCUCUCUGGAUUACACAUCUACAUUAAGUUCAUCGAGGUGGAGCUGGACUUUCUCUCCGCCGGGUCUUUAGUGGAAUGUUUAGAGACCGCCAUCGGUUAUUCGUUAAAGUUUAACAAGAAGGAAGAGCUGUAGCGGUCGCAUUUGCCAAUGAAUCUCUUUAAAGCCAGGAUUUUGAAAAACAGACUUGAACUCAAAGUAUUUAUGUGGUAUGUCAGGCACAGUCUGUUUCCCGAAAAAGGAGCCGCGUAGUCUCCUUUGCAGUAAUUGUCUUUAUCAGGGAGCGUAAACGGAAGCAAACUGCCUUUAUUUAAAUCUCUCGAGAUCCAAAUGCAGGAACUGUCCGAAAAAAAAAAAAAAAAGAAUCCUCUUGAUUAAUCUAAGUAUAAAGUCUAUCUAUAUAGAAGUAUAAAUAUAUAUAUAAAUAUAUAUAUUUAAGAGUAUAUAUUGAUAUUGUCAAGCAUUCCAGCAUUUCCAAUUAUAGCAUUCAACGAAUGUUUUUUCAUAAAGCGUUUAUCAAUGUUUGUUUUUUAUUUGUGAGUUCACACAGUGUCUUUAUGUAUGAUUGUUUCCAGGUCACAGUCUUGUUUACAUGUUUGGAAGGACAAAAAAAUAAACUGAUGAAACGA